AUGUAUUUUAAUGUAAUUUAUAUUCUAAUAUCUUAUAGAAGAAAUUAAAAUCAAAAUUAAUAUAUAAAAUCAUCUAAACAUAUAUUUUGCAAGUAAUUUUAAAAUAACAAUUAAAUAAAAAAUAUUCUAACAGAUAAAUAGAUGGAAGAAGAAGAUUUUGAUUAAACAGAAGAAUUUAAAGAAUAAAUCAAAUUUAAGUUUGUUGAAUCUUUGUAUACUAAGAGCUCUUAUUUGCCAAGCAUUGAAAAAAACAACUAAAAUUAAAUAAAUGAUUCAUAAUCAUAAAGCUAAAUGUCACCAAAAUUCAAGGAUGAUGAGGAAUUUAAGGAAAAAUUGAAUUAAAUUAUUGAUUAACAAUAAAUAUCUGAAUUUUUUGGAAGCUAGGAACAUAAUCUUGAUUCCUCUUCUAGUAAAUUUAGCAGCAUAAAUGUGUUUUAUCUUGAAUUAUUCAAAAUAUAAGGAGACUUAAAUCAACUGAUUAAUUUUAUUCCAAAGGAAGAUGAGAAUAAGUAUAAAUGGUUCAGUCAAUUUUUUUUAAAAUUAUUACUCUCAAAAGAUGAGCAGUUCUAAGAAUAAUAAAUUAACAGUUAAAUUUUAAACUUAAUAACUGAUGUCAAAACAAUUUUCUAAAAUAAUCUUAGAGAGAUUAUCUAAUUUGAAUUAGAUUUUAUCUCAUAUAAAUAUCUCGAUGGAUAGUGCUUAAGCAACAUAAUUAAAAUUUACGAUAACGCUAAAUUCAAUAAAAUAGAAAUUCUAACUUUAAAACUUAGAGGAGAGUUUUAAAGCAAAGAAUUCUAAGAGAUUAUUUAGCCUCUCAGUAGUUUUGGAGAGAUGUAGAGUCUGAGCUUGCAACUUCUUUAAUUUGAUAAAAUAAGAGAAAAAGAUAUAGCUUAAUUGGUAACGGUAUGCAAAAAUAUGAAAAAUUUAAAGUCUUUUAAGCUUAACUUACACGAUUGCAAAAAUCUUGAUGAUGAAGCUAUAAAUCACUUAAGUAAAUGGUUCUAAUAGCUAUAAAAACUUGAAGAAAUUUAAAUAGUAUUAAUGUAUGAAAAUAGAUUUACUAAUGAGGGGAUAUCUAAGUUACUUUAAAAUAUAAAUCUAAAAAUUUUAGAUUUAAGGUUAGCUUAAUUAAACUAAAAUAUUGGUAAUUACGAUUAUAAUGCAAAUAAUUAUGAGUAAUCAUAGAUUUAAAAAAUAUGUGAAAAAAUAAUUGCUUUAAAGAAUUUAGUACAUUUUAAGCUAGUAGUCAGAGAAAGAGAUAAUAUAACAGAUGUAAGUAUCAAAAGAAUUUGUUCAAAAUUGAAAUAAUUAGAUUAUUUGAAAGUUUUAAAUCUUUAAUUUAGGUUUGUCUAGUGUUUCACAGAUAAGUCUUUAACAAGAAUUAGGCGAAUAAUUUAUAGCAAAUAUAAUUAAUUGGAGGAGAUUGUACUUGACUUUUCAUUUAGCAAAUUUAGUUCAAAUGAGAUUAAUAAAUUCAUUCAUAGCUUGUAAAAUCAAAAAUAAUUAAGAAAACUAAAGCUUGAUUUUGAUAGUAGUGAAGUAAAUGAAAUAGGAAAUUAAAUUAUCAUAGCUCUUUCAUUAUAGAUUGAGAAUAUGGAAUUUUUAACUUCAUUAAGCCUAAAUUUUAACAACAUAUUAAUAAUAGGCUAUGAAAUAGAGCCUCUCGUAAGUGCUUUAGCUUCAAAAUAAUACCUUAGAAAGCUUAGACUGUUUUUCAAAAAAAUAGUUAUUGAACAGAAAAGAGAAAGUAUCUAAAUAAUUAAAUAGAUUCUCAAUAAAACAUAAUGUGAACUAGACUUUGGUUAAGGCCCAUAUUGA